GAGGGGUGGAGAGAGGCCGGGCCGGCGCGGCGCUGCUCUGUGACGUACGUCCCCGCGGGCGGUGGCGGCGGCCCUUCAUGCUGCGGCGCCCGCUGGCCGGGCUGGCGGCGGCCGCCCUGCGCCGGGUCCCCUCGGACGUCCUCAAAAUGUAGGAGGAAAUUCUCCUGGCACGGGAAGCUCCAAACAGCUUGUAAAACCCCUGCAGCUUGAGGACUUCAUGCUGGAUGCCAUUGUGGACCCUGCAGGAUGCGGAGGGGCAGAGAGGGGAAGCAGCCUGACACCCCUCUCCAAGCUUAUCCCGAGCAGCCCCAAGGUGAGCACGGAGGCCGCACCCCACGCAGAAGGGAUGUCAGGACCAAGGCCCGUUGUCCUGAGCGGACCCUCAGGGGCUGGGAAGAGCACCCUACUGAAGAGACUCCUGCAGGAACACAGCAGUAUCUUCGGCUUCAGCGUGUCCCGUGGGCUGAGCCAGGCCCUGUGGGCAAGGCCCUGGGGAUGGGAUGCCUGGGGCUCCAGGUGUCCCAAGUCAGUCACUGGUACUUGUUCCUAGACACCACAAGGGACCCGAGGCCAGGAGAGGAGAACGGCAAAGAUUACUACUUUGUGACCAGGGAAGUGAUGCAGCGGGACAUUGCCGCCGGAGACUUCAUCGAGCAUGCUGAGUUCUCAGGGAACUUGUAUGGGACCAGCAAAGCAGCUGUGCGGGCCGUGCAGGCCAUGAACCGCAUCUGCGUGCUGGAUGUGGACCUGCAGGGCGUGCGCAACAUCAAGAAGACCGACCUGCGGCCCAUCUACAUCUUUGUGCAGCCACCCUCACUGGAUGUCCUGGAGCAGCGGCUGCGGCAGCGGAACACAGAGACGGAGGAGAGCCUGGCUAAGCGCCUGGCUGCUGCCCGGGCCGACAUGGAGAGCAGCAAGGAGCCCGGCCUGUUUGACCUGAUCAUCGUCAACGACAGUCUGGACAAGGCCUACUGGGUCCUGAAGGAGGCGCUCUCCGAGGAAAUAAAGAAGGCUCAAGCAACUGGUCACUCCUGAGGAGGUCCACCGGCUAUAACUCCUCAGGUGGGGCCUAGGGCCUGGCACCCACCUGCAGCGGGCCAGGGUCUCCGGCGGUGGCUCUGCUCACCUCAGCUAGCACCCAGGGUUUGGGGUGCUGCCUGUCUUCCCUUACUCCCCCACCGUGACUGGAGGACUUUUCUCUCACCCCCUCUCCCCAUGUCCAUUUCUAGGCUUCCUCCCCACCCCACCCUAUCAACCCCCCUCCCAUGGAAGCUGGGCCAACAUCCAAAUAAAGAACUGCUGGGUUAGAGUGUCCUUGA